AUGGCCGAAGCAGAGAAUUACGAGGACGACCUCUUCGACGAUCUGUACAACGACGACGACGCUCCCGCUGCCUCAAAGCCAGCCGCUGCACCAGCUUCCGCCCCUACCACAGCUCAGACUUCAGCUACUGAGCAGCCUUCUCAACAACAGCAGCAACAGCAGCAACAGCAAGAGCAGCAGCAACAAGCUGCCGCCGUCCAGCAGUCGGCUGCUGACAACUACGGAGGAUCCAACGACUACAGUCAGCAAGGCUACUACAAUGGAGGCAACGGACAAUACGGCAACGAUGAAGAAGAAGACGAAGACGAAGACGAUAUCGACUUCAAUCUCGGAAGCGGCCCGUCCACCACGGUCGCUCGCCAUGAGGACGACAACAACCAAAACAACAACAACAACAACAGCCAGUCUCAAUCGCAAUAUCAUGCUCCCCCACCGACCCAGGCCCAACACAAGGGCCCUAAUGCCAAAGAAGAUGGGACGUGGCGUCCUAGAACUGCUCGGUUGGCUGGUAGGGAACGGAAGGAUUGGGCGGCGCAAGGACCUGAUGAGCACAGUAGAGUCUUGGUAUCAGACACUCUGACUUACUCUGGCGCGUAUGGGUGA